AUGUUCCCUCCAAUUUCGCUAUGGUACACACUCAGAUCUGUGUGCACCAAAUGGUUUCAGAGAGCUAGAGAGAACUGGGUGAAGUUUGGGGAGAGGAAUACUUCCUAUUUUCAUCAUCAGGUCAACAUUAGACGGAGGCGUAACAAGAUCGAGGCGUUAAGAGAUGCGAAUGGUACAUGGAUCGAUGAUCUGAAUAUCCUUGCCUCUUUCGUUUUCGAGUAUUAUGCUAAUUUGUACACGCAGGAUGAGUCCCCUUAUGAAGACAAGUUGCCGAAAGGGGCCUUCCCUUGUCUCACGCAGAAUGAAAUGAUGAUGCUCCUCCGGCCCUUCAAUAUCAUUGGACAUCCACAAGGCCAUCUUUGA